AUGGCGUCAAAGCUCAAAAGUGAGUCAAAAUCGCAGUUUUUGCAAUGAAUACGGACUCUCUCAGACCGUCAGAAAGCGGAGAUGGAUCGUGUGAUCGCCGAGAAGGAGGCCGUGGAAACUUCAACGGAUACAUCGGAAGUCAAGGAAGAAGGCGACGAGUCUCAGGCUUCCAAUGUUCUUUCAGUUUAUCUUCUCCAUUCUCAUGGUCCUGUUCAGAUCGCUUCGAAGAUUGCUCAACGUCGUUUGCCACGUCGCACUCCCACUUCGCACGUCAGAGGACCGAGUGGCGAUUCGAUCCGCAGACGUCUGAAUCAGCCGAACGAGGAUAGUUCCGUGGUAAGAAAUGGGCAGAGAGUGGAGUAGAGAAAUGACCAGUUGCAAUAUUCCGAACGGAUCCAAAAUUUGUUGGUUUCUUCGACUUGUAUUGAAGUAUUUUCGGACCAAGUUUCAGAUCGAUCGGAGUAUUUGCUCUCGAGAUAUAAUAUACUGCUCUAGGGCCUAAAAAGUUUGGAUCCGAUCAGAAUAUUGUCGCCUGAAAGUCUAGGCCCGCCCUUUUCUCUGGGAAAAUGAAAUUGAAUCAUGACAGACGUCCUGCCGCUACAGUAUCGACACGAGCUUUGAUCAAUCGUUCGACGAGCCGCCCCCGGGCCCAUCCCGUCAGCCAUGCGUCGAGAAGCCAAAGAAAGAGGCAUCGAGCAAACCGCAGUGA